GAGGUUUUGAGGUUUUCCCUUUUCCUUUGUCCUUCCGUGGUUUUCUCCUUUUCAUAUAAAGCUACGAAAGACUUACGUAUACAUCUAGCUCAAUUCCACCAAGCUCUCAGUUAUCCAAGUCGACUGUAAAUAGGCACUUCAGAUCAGAAUAUAUGAGAAAGUGUAAGUGCUCAAGGGUAAAGGUGUUUCAUACAGAUCAAAUACUCUUCAUAAUCCUCAUGUUUCUCGACUUGGUUGCUGAGAAGCUGGCAUCUUUGGCCAAAAUUGCCUGCCCUAUCAUUAUAACAAGCUUGCUCAUGUAUUCGAAGUCCUUCGUCUCUAUGCUCUUCUUGGGACAUCUUGGAGACAUUGCACUGUCUGGUGGCUCCCUGUCAAUUAGUUUUGCUAACAUAACAGGGUACUCUGUCCUCAAAGGGCUGGCCAUGGGGAUGGAGCCAAUAUGUUAUCAAGCAUAUGGAGCAAAGAGAUGGGCAAUUAUGACCAAAACCUACAGAAAGACUCUAAUUCUCCUCUUGGCCGCUAUCUUUCCAAUCUCUUUGUUGUGGUUAAACAUGGAACCUAUCCUUUUAUGGUUAGGCCAAGAUGAGAAUAUCGCUGCAGUGGCCAAGAUCUAUAUAAAGUAUUCAAUUCCUGACUUGAUUGCUCAGGCACAUUUCCAUCCCCUUAGGACAUUCUUAAGGACUCAAAACAUUAACAGACCCCUCACCAUAUCAGUAAUAGGUGCUAUGCUUCUUCACUGCCCAAUCAACUACUUGCUGGUUGUAUAUUUAAAUUUGGGAGUCAAAGGGGUGGCCCUAGCCUCAGCAUGGAACACUUUAAAUGUAAAUUUUGGCCUUCUGGUGUACCUUAUCAUGUCAAAAACCUCACUAAGACCCUGGGAUGGGGGCAUAGCUAGCAUAUUUUCUGAAGGCUGGCACCCACUCCUUGCCCUUGCAGGUUCAAGUGUCUUAUCUGUUUGUCUAGAGUGGUGGUGUUACGAAAUCUUAUUACUGCUUUGCAGUCUCUUAAGCAACCCACAGGUUAAUGUUGCAGCAAUGGGCAUCCUAAUACAAACAACAAGCUUACUUUAUGUAUUCCCCUCUUCCUUGAGCUCAGCUUUGUCAAUACAGGUAGGCCAUGAGUUAGGGGCUGAUCAGCCAAAACAGGCACAACAGACAAGUAUUGUUGGUUUCACUCUGGCGGCUCUAUGGGGAAUUUUGGCUUUCCUUUUCACCACUGCAGUAAGAGAUGUUUGGGGCAGACUUUUCACAUGUGACCCGAUGACUCUUGGUUUAACAUCAAGUACUCUUCCUUUAUUAGGUUUUUGUGAAUUAGGCAACAGCCCCCAGACUGCUGCAUGUGGAGUUUUGGUCGGCUCUGCCCGGCCAAAAAUGGGCUGCCAUAUAAAUUUUGUAUCUUUCUAUCUCAUAGGUUUGCCAGUUGCAGCUUUAUCCGCAUUCAAGUUUAACAUGGGCUUUUUUGGCCUGUGGUUUGGGAUGGCAGCAGCACAAGUUUCAUGUACAUGCAUGAUGGUUUGUACCCUCAUUUACACAGACUGGAAACAGCAAGCCACCAGAGCAAAGGAGCUAACUCAGGAAAAUGAAGAUGACAAAAAUGACUUGGAAGCCCCUCUGCUAAGCUGAACAUGUUAACUAGGAACUGUAGGUCCAUGAAUUUUAAUAAAUUGGGGUUAGGGGCUGGGAGUGGGAUUGUUUAUAAAGAUGCACAUGGUAUGCAUGUCAAGAGAGGAUGUCGUGGAAGUGGGCUGAAUAAAAAUGGGCAUGGACCCAUUUCCCUUUUGUAUCUCUGACCAAUGUAAUUACUUACUACUGCACAAACAGAGAGUUGCAAUA